GCCGUUUUCGUUCUUUCGAGCUAAUCUAGGACUUUCUUGGUCUCCUUGGAUUUUCUCAAUCUUAACUAUCUUUUCUGUCUUCACAUGCUUACUAUUCUUCUCAGACUGUAGCCCAGCUAAGAUGCAUCCCAAUGUUCGGCAUCUACGGCUACUCUACCAAACUAUUGCAAAUAACACGGCUCUCCGAAAGGGGCACGUCGCGCCGUAUCUCGCUUUUCGUCUCAUUCGUCGCACGAUGGCUGGUUCUGCAACCAAAAUCGACGGUACUGCUAUCGCCAAAUCUGUCCGCGAUAGUGUAGCAGCCCGCAUCAAGACGAAGCAAGCGACCUUCUCGCGAUUUCAGCCUCUGCUAGCCAUCAUUCAAGCCGGCCAGCGCCCGGAUUCAUCAACGUAUGUCCGGAUGAAAGCAAAGGCUGCAGAGGAAGUUGGCAUCAAGUUCAAGCAUGUCGCACUUCCUGCUGAGGCUACCGUCGACGAGGUUGUGGGGGUCAUUAAGCAUCUCAAUGACGACGAAAGCGUUAGCGGCAUUCUGGUACAACUUCCUUUGGGCGAACAUGUCACUCCUGAGGGUGAAAGACUGGUGACUGAGGCUGUCAGCCCCGAGAAGGACGUAGACGGAUUCCACGCGUAUAAUAUUGGCCACCUUUCAUCUCGGGCUUCCGAUCCUGUCUUCGCACCCGGUACGCCUUCUGCAGUCAUUCGACUACUGGAAACCGCAGGCAUCUCGAUAUCUGGUGCUCAUGCUGUCGUACUUGGUCGUAGUGAUAUCGUGGGCAGUCCUGUGGCCUCGAUGCUCAGACACAAAGAUGCGACGGUCACUCAGUGUCAUAGCCGGACAAGGGAUAUCGAAUCAAUUGUCAAAACUGCCGAUAUUCUUGUAGCCGCCAUCGGUAAACCAGAAUUUGUUAAAGGAUCUUGGAUUAAGCCUGGUGCGGUUGUCAUUGACGUUGGUAUCAACUAUAUUCCUGAUGCUACCAAGAAGUCCGGUCAGCGUCUCGUUGGGGAUGUGGAAUACUCCACCGCAUUCGAGGUUGCUUCAUUUAUCACACCGGUACCAGGCGGUGUUGGCCCUAUGACUGUGGCAAUGCUUAUGGAAAACACUUUGAAGUCAGCGGAACGAUUAUGGCAAAAAUCCAGGGAUAGGAAAGUGAAACCAUUGAAGCUCAACAUUCUUGAGAAAGUUCCUAGUGACAUCGAAAUCGCCAUGGCGCAGACUCCCAAACUAGUCGCCGACCUCGCAAAAGAAUUGGGACUGCUUCCCGACGAAGUGGAAAGUUAUGGCAAAUAUAAAGCUAAAAUCGAACUUAGCGUUCUGGAUCGUUUAGCUCAUCGUAAGGAUGGAAAAUACAUCGUAAUCUCCGGAAUUACCCCUACGCCUCUUGGGGAAGGCAAAUCCACAACGACAAUCGGUCUGGCGCAAGCAUUGGGUGCCGAAUUGGGGCGACCAGCAUUCGCAUGUGUCCGUCAACCAAGUCAAGGACCUACCUUUGGAAUUAAGGGCGGUGCUGCCGGCGGAGGAUACAGUCAAGUUAUUCCCAUGGAUGAGUUCAAUCUUCAUCUAACAGGUGACAUUCAUGCUGUGACAGCAGCGAAUAACUUACUCGCGGCUGCUCUCGACGCUCGUAUAUUUCAUGAGGCCACACAAUCAGAUAAGGCUCUUUUUAGCCGCCUAGUUCCUAUGAAGAAGGGUAAACGCGAAUUUGCGCCUUUAAUGUUCAAGCGUCUGAAAAAGCUGGGCAUCGAUAAGACCGAUCCGAACUCUUUGACACCCGAAGAAAUCACUCGCUUUGCUCGUCUUGAUGUUGAUUUGGAUACUAUCACAUGGAACCGAGUCCUCGACACAAACGACCGCUUUUUGCGUAAGAUCACGAUUGGUCAGAAUACCACUGAGCAGGGACACGAGCGUGUCACUGGGUUCGAUAUUGCCGUAGCGAGCGAAUGCAUGGCUGUCCUGGCCCUUACUACUGGUCUUGAAGACAUGAAGGAACGUCUCGGAGCGAUGGUGGUCGCCACAAGUAGACAAGGGGACGCUAUCACCGCCGACGAUAUCGGUGUUUCAGGCGCUCUUGCCGUUCUUCUUAAGGAUGCUAUCAAGCCCAACCUAAUGCAAACACUACAGGGAACUCCGGUUUUCGUCCAUGCAGGACCUUUUGCCAACAUCGCUCAUGGAAACUCUUCCAUUCUUGCUGAUCGCGUGGCCCUCAAGCUGGCGGGCACCGAGGAAGGUGAUUCCUCUGAUCGCGUUGGCUAUGUCCUCACCGAGGGUGGUUUUGGGGCUGAUAUGGGUAUGGAGAAGUUCUGCAACAUCAAAUGCCGAGUCAGCGGCCUUAUGCCUGAUGCAACCAUCGUUGUUGCGACCACCCGUGCCCUGAAAAUGCAUGGCGGCGGCCCUGACGUAACGCCUGGAAAGCCUCUCCACGAGACAUAUACCAAGGAGGACCUUGUCACGUUAAAGGAAGGAUGCAAGAACUUGGUCAAACACAUCCAGAACUCUAAGAAAUUCGGAAUUAAGGUCUUGGUCGCUAUUAACCAGUUUGCAUCCGACACACCUGCGGAGCUUGCUCUCGUUCGCAAUGAGGCUCUUGGCGGAGGUGCCGACGCUGCUGUUGUGAGCAACCAUUGGGCUGAGGGUGGCGCUGGUGCUCGUGCUUUGGCCGAAGCUGUGAUUGCCACCUGCGAAGGUCCUUCGCAGUUCAGAUAUCUCUAUGAUCUGGAUUUGCCGAUCGCUGAGAAGAUCUCUGUCAUAUCUAAGGAGAUCUAUGGCGCGGAUGGUAUUGAGCUUAGUGAGCUCGCUCAGAAACAAAUUGAUACCUAUACUCGUCAGGGCUACCAGGGUCUUCCUAUCUGCAUGGCCAAGACCCAGUACUCAUUCUCCCAUGACCCUAAACUCAAAGGAGUACCUACUGGCUUUACGAUUCCUAUUCGGUCAGUACGACUGUCGGCCGGUGCAGGGUUCUUGUCUCCUAUCCUCGGGGACAUGCAGACCAUGCCCGGUCUUGGAACACGUCCAGGAUUCUGGGAAGUCGGAUUAGACCCCGAAUCUGGUAGAGCUGUGGGUUUGUUCUAGAUCUUUAUGGCCGGGAAGGCCGCUCGUAUGGGCUGCUGUCAACAAGCAUCAAGUCUGUGCAUCUUCAUCAGUAGCAUAGACUCGCAAAGCCGUCUCAACACGGAGGACUCUGCUCAAUGUGGAGAUGAAGAGCACUUAGAAUUACUAAUUAGAUCUAGGCUUGCACGUAGAGAUAGACAUGAUAUCUAGGAGAGAGUAGAGUAUUCGUUGUAGACAAUGUCGGCAUUUGCCGCAAGCAGAGAUUUUACAAUAAUUGACUCUGUUUCACCGAC